UUGACGUCUGGCGUCUCUGGGGGGGCCGAGGUGGUCCUUGGGCGGGUGGCAUCGAGUGGCCACUGCGUGUCCCCUGUGUUCUUCGCUCUUCCCAUUGACGCGCGGCGUCCGCCAUGGAAGCGCAUCCGGCUGCCGCCGGCAUGUCAGGGCGCCGCGACCCCGGCUCUCCGGAGCGAUGAGGUGGUAGAGGGUCGCCCCGCGGCUCACCGCCAGCUCCGGUGAGGAGGGGCCGUCGGGCGGGCAGUGCCGCGCCGCGGUGCCGCCCCCUCCCCGCGCCGCCCCGCCCCGCCCCGCCCCCGGGGGCGCUGCUAGGGGACGCCCGCCGCCCACACCGCCCAUGCCGGCCCGGAGCACCGUCGCGUCCCGCGACCGCUGCUGAAGCCCGCGCCCGCCGCUCUAGCCCGCACCCGCCGCCCGGACGCUGCCACCCGCCCGCGCCCAAGAUGUGGCACAACGUGGGGCUGACCCUGCUGGUGUUCGUGGCUACGCUGCUGAUCGUCCUGCUGCUGAUGGUGUGCGGUUGGUAUUUUGUAUGGCAUCUAUUUUUAUCUAAAUUCAAGUUUCUUCGAGAACUGGUGGGAGAUACAGGAUCCCAGGAGGGAGAUCAUGAGCCUUCAGGGUCUGAAACGGAAGAAGACCCCUCAGCCUCUGCACACAGGCUAAGAUCUGCUCGCCAGCGCCGGGCACCAGCUGAUGAAGGCCACUGACCCCAGACAUGGGCCUGUAUUCCUGAGUAAAUGUUAAAGGCAGUUCCAAGCCUCUGUCUUCAGUUAUGUGGCUUUGAAAAUUUACAAAGUGACUGAACAGCAUUUGUACUUGGCUUUUUUUGUCCAGUACAAAAACAGAUUUACAUGUAAGCCAUAUCGAAAUAAAGGGAAUCGAAACAGUUAGACCACUGAAAAUUUCAUCUUAAGAUAAUAUUUUGCUUCACUAGCUCUCUACUUAACCCAUUUGUUCCUUAUCUCUUGGGCUAUCUUUAUCUUUUUUUUUGCACUGAUAUGAAUUGGGAAAACAUCCCAAGCUUGAAGAAACACUUUAUUAGACAGAAAAUGGACUGCUUUGCUGACAUUUUAAUUUGUCUGAAUUUGGGGUGCAUUAAUGACUAUCAUCCGUGGUUUGUUCAUGUGAUUAUCUUAGCCAUGCUUGUGUGAAGUGUCCUCUUAUCAUUGCCUUCACCUGUGUGUGCAUUGUUGGCAUCAAAGACAUUUAGAAAUGUCUUUAAAAAGGCCACACUAUGAUUCAGCAUUUCUGAAAUGCAUGCAAAUGGAGCAGCAGGGUGUACAUUUGAUAUUAGUGAAGCAAAUAUUCAUCAUUGGAGGAAUGACUAGAAUUCCUUAUUUUCUUACAAGGCAACAACAAGAAAAUGCAUUAUAGGACCUAAAAGGAAGAUCCCCACAAGUAGAUGAAGCUGUACCAUGCUUUGUCAAUGAAGCAGAUGCGAAAGGAAUGCUCAUCACAGGCCAAAUGAUGCACCUGAAGGCAGGAGAAUUUGCCAAAGCCCUUGGAAAUCCACGAAGCAUAAUUCUAAGUAACAGAAAGCCAGUGUGAUCAAUACAGCAUCAAGCAGGAUUCCCAUGAAGGAAUCAACCUUUUGUCCAAAGCUUUCUGCUUCCAUUCAGUGAAAGACAGGGUUGGAGUACUCCUUCAGGAAAUGCUUCAUCUCAGUACUCUUGACACCAGGACCAUGUGUGGGAAAAAGCAGCUAUCCAUGACUGCGAUUUAAAAAGUGAUUCAGAAGAGUUGGACUCAGAAUAUGAAGUUAUAACUUAACCAGUCACUUUCCCCUACUCUUUAGGUUAUGCACAAGAUUGAUGUGAUGAAAAUCUGUUUUAACUUUAGAAGCACCCUUUUAAUAAGUAUCAGAGAAGCAAUUUCUGUGAUACAAGGCAUGUAUCAUAGUUGAACGGGCAGCAUUUUCUUAGCAAUGUACGUGGUGCAUCUUAAUGAAUUGGCAAAACAUGGUAGUUUGUAAGUUUAUUUUUCUUUUCAAGGUAGCAGUUAUUUAUUGGGGAACUGAAUUCUGACCCUAGUAAUGUUAAAGUAGUUACCUUUCCUGAAAUACAUUUUGGGGGCGAGCUUUUCAAGAUUUGAGGUGUAGUAACUUAGUGUGAGUACUAUUAUAUACUGGUCACUCCCUUUGUAUGGGAGGACUUCAUGCCCCAGGCAUGCAUUCUGGAGAAACAGUUGUUCUUUACCAGUAAUAAUUCAGUGAUAAGCCCUCAAAGGUAUUGGAUACUUAAAAACCAGUAGGUGAGAACACCCUCAGAACGGGUCUAAAUGACUCUUGCCAGAUUUCCAUGUUUGUCUGACUGAACUUUGGACUGUUUACUAGGGAACAGAUAUGGAUUAACCAAUCUUCUUGUUUAGUGUUCCCAGCUUUGUACAAAAGUGAAAUGCAAAGCCAAUUUAUUUUGUUAAUCAAAGUUCCUUAUUUUUAACUUUUAUUUUGGAAGAGCUGGUUAUCACCUCUCUCAUGGUGUAUAACUGUGUUGAUACCUCAUUCUUCAUGCUGACAGCUUUUGUUUUUAUGAAUAGUUCACUGUCUGCCCAGUUGCAUUCCUGUUGAACACCUCCUUGAUGAUAUUGUGUCCUAUUGGGUAUUCUGAAAGGGAAUACACACGUAGAACUUUACAUAUUUGCUGGAAGACAUUGCCCAGUGUCUGAGAGUGGGGUGCAACCAUUUUAUUGUAAUUUCCUUAGUGGAUGUAUGGUUACUUGUGGGCAUAAAAAGCAGUGACAUAGGUCCUACUGUUAAUUGUAACGUGUUAUUUGCUAGCUGAAUAUCACAUUGGAAUGGUCAUUCAUUAGAAAAAAGAUGAAUGCCCCAAAACAUCUUGGUAUGGGAGGGUAGACUUGCAUUAAAAUGUCCAUAUUUUGUUUUGUUUGUGUUUUGUGGUGAUUGUCCUAAGGUUUAGAUGAUAAUAUUUGUUGAGAAAUUUGAGCUUGUGAGCUUCCUGUUGUAUCAGUAUUAAAGAAUGAUGGCUAUGUUAAUCCCCACUCCCCUACCUACUGUAGUUACACCCAAAUCAACCUUGUUAAAGAUACAUAUGUUGGACAUUAUUUAUUGGCAUUUGUGUGUUAAGCAUAUCUUUAUAGCAUUUUAGGAAAUGAUCUACAUUAAUAAGGGCAUAUUGAUAUGCUCUAAAGGCAUUAACAGUGCACACUUGCUAUGUUUAUCUUACUUGGGAAAGGUAGGAAGGAAUUGCUGAUGCCAACAUGAAAGUCCAUAAACUAAUUUUUUGUUCAAAACUUUUAUUUUUUGUGCAUCCUGUUUUCUGUAGUGUGUAUUUCUAAAGCCACUAAGAGAGGGGAGGGAAAUAAAUAGCAGUUCAUGCAGAA